AUGAGUGGUCUUGGUCCAGCUGCAUGCUGGCUUGCCCACAAACGUAUCGAAUCAUGGUCUCGUAUGGCCAAGGAACGUGUCGGUGCGGUACGUAAAGUAACAUUGGAUCGUAAUUCGGAAGAGGCGCCAUCAACAUCACAGCAACAGGCGGGUAGCAGCAGCAACAGUAAUCACUCAACAACAAAUGCCAGCAGUAGUUGUAGCAGCAACAAUGUCAGCGCUACGGCUGCCACAACCUCACACACACCACCACUAUCACAGCCAAUGACACCGCCACCAUCGGCCUCAUCGAUAACCUCAAAUACGAGCGGUAUAUGCAGUGUAACGGAUAGUUAUGAACUGCAUACGGAUUCGGAACAGGAAGUAAAUUUUACCAAGGAAUCGCAACACAUACAGCCACAGUCGAAUUUGGGUUCAUCGCAUACGGUUAAUGCCGAUGUAUUGCGGGGUCCAUCGGAGGCAUUGCACAGUCCAUUGCAUUUGCAUCAUCAGUCACGAUCAUUUCCGCCAAGACUACAAAGGACGCCUUCAAUAUCUAGUCAAUCCAGUGUAGAUAGUGCACCAUCAAGGCAAUCGUGUCACCGUGGCUCAUCACCACAAAUUCGUACCUUUGGUCCAGAUGGACGCAGCUCAUUGCCUUCGGAACCGAUAUUCCCCUAUUAUUUAUCCCGUACCCCCAGUCCAAUGCGCACAAUAUCUCUGGAUGCCCGUGCCGCCAGUCAGAUAGCAGCCGAAGUCAGCGAUUUACGCACACCAAGUCCAUCACAGAAUAGUCUAACAUCCUUGUCCAGUAUACCGAAUGCAUCGAUGACAUCACCACAUGGUGGAAAACAUUCAGGACGUUGCAUUUCCCCGUUACUGAUACCGCCACGAAUACAACCUAACUCGGAUCCUAAUAUGGGACCAGCUUCUCCAUUGGGUGCUAUACAACCAGAUUUAUAUCGUGGACCAGAUGGCCCGAUUUAUUUAAAUGCUCCCGAAAAUAGUCCGGCUUUGGGACGUUUACAUUUAAGGGUUAAAUAUGAUUAUCAUUUGUUCGAUUUGACUGUGCACUUGAUUGAAGCUCACAAUUUAUGUCCCAUUGAAGAGGGUGGUUUCCGUGAUCCCUAUGUUAGGCUAUUGCUUGAACCCGAAGUUGAUAAACGCAAACGUCAGACCCUAAUUCAUCGCGGUGAAUCAAAUCCCUAUUUUGAUCAACAUUUCAAAUUCCCCGUUUCACGAGAUCAAUUGCAGGGCAAAGAAUUAAUUUUACAGGUAUUGGAUUAUGAUCGCUAUUCGCACAAUGACAUUAUCGGCGAGGUACGAAUUUGUAUCGACAGUUUGGAUUUAUCGAAAUCUGUGGAGAUUUGGGGUGAUUUAUUACGCACAAAGAAACCACCAGAGGAUCGUCCAGAAUUACUUUGCUCCCUGAAUUAUUUACCACAAGCGGAACGUUUAACUGUUGUCAUCAUGAAGGCGAAAAAUUUGGAUACCAUUCAGGAGACAUAUGUAAAGUUAUAUCUAAUACAGAAUGGCAAACGUGUUAAGAAGCGUAAGACCAGCAUUAGCAAAACCGAUGAUCCCACCCAUCCAACAUGGAAUGAACCUUUCACCUUUAAUUUACAAUCGUCAUAUUUACACAAUGCGGCUAUUGAGAUCUAUUUGGUUACAGCUGGCGGUGAAUCACAAGAAAUCGGCAGUAUUGGUUUGGGACCACAAGAAAGUGGUACCGGUUGUCAACAUUGGCAUGACAUGAUAAAUAAUGCCCGAAAGCCGACAGCCAUGUGGCAUUAUAUACGUUAA